UCGAAAUAUAUUAAUAAAUAUGAAGCGGCUUAAGUGUUCAGUAUUAGUUUAUCUUUUUCUUAUAUUCGAUGCCGGCAGUGCAUUUAACAUCAUUGCCGUUAAUAAACAAAUGCUAUACGAAUAUGUUGGCACAGUGGCAGUUGGUGCUAAGGCACCACAAGAGGAUGAGCAUCCGUCACCGCCAACAUCCGGUUGGAUUGUACGCGGGAAAUUAACUCUACAACGACCCAAUGCAGAGACAUUAGCUGCAGCGUUGGUUAUAGAUGAUGUUACCCUUAAUAAUUCAGGUGAAAAAUUCCUACAAAAUAAGGAAAUGUACCCGCCUUACAAACCUUUUAAAAUUUUACUUAAUACCGAUGGAACUAUAUCACAUUUGAUUUUUAAAGAAAGUGAUCCUAUAUGGUCCACAAAUUUCAAACGCGCUAUAGCAUCUAUAUUACAAUUUCAAAUAAAUUCGUCAGGUGCCUUUGUUGUCAAAGAGAUUGGAAUACAUGGAAAAUGUUCCACCGAAUAUUUCGUAUCGAAUAAGACUAAUUAUAUUUCGAUACGCAAGACACCUGUCCUGGAAACAUGCCAACCAUUCUCGGAAGCCAUACAUAUUAACCGUAGCAAUGUGCCAGCGAACAAUUGUGAAUUUGACUUUCAAAAAAAUGUCAUAGUUGGUAACGAAGCCAUUUAUGGUCUUCUGCCACAUGAAGAGACUGAAUACUUCUUAAGUAUGGCACAUGUAAAAGGAACUAUACUAGUACACACUUUUGAGUCUACCGGAGAAGCACAAUUUAUUAAUUCUGAGUUGCUACUUAAUUUCCUUAAUGAAACAACUAUUGAUAAUCCUAUUGAUAUAGAAACUUCUAUGACUGCUGAGAGAUCUGGUUUAGAGCUACUUCCUUUGGAUUUAAAUGAUCCUACUGGUGGACGUAGUCCGCAACAACAGGAAACUUUAUUUGCAGCUGCUUCGACUAUGUUAAAUAAACUAGUCGAAGGUUUGGAAGAUGCGGAUUUCAAAUUUAGUGAACCAUAUGAUUCUACUGUAUCGGAAAUCAUUAAAGUAUUAACAGAAAUGGAUUAUGAUUCAUUAAAAAAACUAUACACAGAUGUGGAUAUAGGCACUUCUUAUAGGCAGGAAACUAUACGCAAUAUUUUUCACGAAAUUAUUCCAAGAAUUGGAACAAAAGCAUCAGUAUAUCUUACAAAAGACUUAGUUGUAAAUAAUGAAGUGAAAUCUACUAUUGCCGUACAGCUCCUCAUAUCAAUGCCAUUUCAUAUAAUCGAGCUUUCAUAUGAUUUAAUUAAAACAUGUGAAGUAUUUUUAACAUUAGGUCCAGAUAAACCAGAUGUUCGUCAAGCAGCAAUUUUAAGUUUUGCUACUUUAGUUUAUAGUGUAUAUGUUGCAGGACGCAUAAAUAAGGAUGUAUUUGAGGACUACGUGCAAAAGUAUUUUAAUUUUUAUUUAAAUGCCCGUGAUUAUGAACAAAAAUUGUUAUAUCUGCAAGGAUUGAAUAACCUUCAAUUAGGCAACGUAGCGAAUUACUUGGAUCCAAUUGUAAAAGACGAAAAUGAAAAUGAGGAUAUUAAAUUUCAGGCAGCUUGGACAACACUUUCUUUAGCACAAGAAAGAUCUAAAUCAAUAUACGAAAUUUAUUGGCCAAUUUUUGAAUCAAAAAAUGCUAGCUUGGAACUACGUGUCACAGCAGUUACCUUGCUUUUGGUUUCAAAUCCGACAGCUGCUCGUCUUAUAAGCAUACAUCGUAUUAUACAAAGUGAAACAGAUUUACACUUAAUCAACUACUAUCGUACAACUGUAACUAGCAUAUCAGAAACCACGUAUCCAUGUUAUCAAAAUCUGCGUCGUUUGUUGUCUUACAUGCAGCGACAUUUACCACAAAAACCCGAACCACGUUAUUGGGUAACCGGUAAUUAUAUUUUUGAUUACCGUGACUCGAAAUAUGGUAUAGGUGCCAUGUUACAGGCAUUUUUAGUUGGUGAUCCGAAAUCAGAUUUACCGAUUGUGGCCUAUUUAAAAUUUGAUACGGAAGCUUUAGGAAAAUUUACAGGUCAAUUAGGUUUAUAUAUCAAAGCUCGUGGAUUACCAGAUGCAUUUUUUGAUAAAUUUUUUAAAAAUAUUACUGAUUCGUUUAAAUUUGAAAAUAUUAAACAUUUGCUUAAUUUAAUGAGUGCGCCAAUAAUCCGUAACAAAACCCUACAUCUGGAAUUUAUUAUACAAAUGGAGGGUAAAACUGUAUUAUCUUAUUAUGUAAAUCAAAAUACUUUUCAAAAGAUGACAUACAUUGAUCCUUUGAAUCGUAUUAGUUCACUUAUACGUGCAGACAGCCAUAUCAAUAUGCAAACAGUACGUUGGCCUUUUAUGACAAAAUAUGUGGUACCCACAGUGUUAGGGACUACAGCAGACGUCUUACUGCAAACCACUGUGCUAACAUCAUUACGUGGUAAUAUAACACAACAUCGCACAAAUAAUGUUACGAAGUCGGCACUCGAAAUCGAUGCGAGGUACUCUUCCUACUCAUCAUGUCGCAGUCGUAGCUAUAAUCCAUUUCUUAAUUUAAAUCAUGAAAUUAAUCGCGAACAGGGCUUCCUUAUAUAUGUACCCUUUAACAACGAUUUUAAUAUCGAUUUCACUAAUAAAUGUGUAAAAUAUUCCUUUAAACGUCCUGAAAACCUAACAAGUGGACUAUCAUUUAAAUCACGCUCUGUUACAUCCACACGAGGGUUUAUUACUAAAAGUGCCAGUCAGCCUUUUGAGGAAAUUAUGUACCCAGAAAGACAAUAUGAUGUGUAUCAACCGUUUAAAUAUGACACUGCUGACUUGGGCAUAUCGGUGACUGUCAAUACCAAUCUUAAUGAACUGAACAAAUAUCGUGGAAUGCUGUUAAAAUCUGAAUUUAUGGAGAAUGGAUUUUCGCGGAAUAUGAUUAUAAAUUUCAUUAUGUACGUCUUUGGAGUUGCACAGCUGAGCUCUAUACAUUUGGGGCAUGAUCGCAAUUUUACAAUGUUGGUAUAUAAUGAAAAGUUAACAAAGAUUGAAGGCUCAAUAUGUUUUAAUGAUAUAUUAAAUACAUCUGAUAAAAGUGCGAAACAUUUAAGCUUCACCCUUAUGCAUUCGAAUGACCUUCAAACAAAUGAGAUUUUACAUAAGUGGAAUAUUACAAUGGAUGUACAUUCGUCGACAAAAACGAAUUGGUUCGAAAUAGACGGAAAAAUAGAACGAACUUCAAAAAUGGAUGAACAUGACUGGAAGGCUUGUGUUGGUGUUAACUAUUUGCCUAUAAUAUUUGCCAAACGACCACAUACAUUACAUGGAGAGAUUCUCUUCGGGAAUGUUUCAACAGAAGGGGAGUGCCCCGUUAAUGCUUCAAAAGUGACAUUCUCAACACGAGCUGGUCCUUCAGAGGAGGCGCGUAAAUUCCUGCUUUCAGAUAAUCCGUUAACUGACACGAAUUUUUGUCCAAAGGAAGUGCUUAAAUUUAGUCCAAUACCAACAUCAAAGUAUUGUAAACGUAGCAAUUUUGAAAACUUCACAUCCAUUACACAAUAUAACAUGGACUUGGACUUUACAAAUAUGCCAGAGUGGUUUAAUACUUAUUCCACACGAUUAGACCAUUUUAUAUCAGCUUUAUCAGACAGAAAAGUGGAUAGCUUGAAUAUGAACAAAGAAAUACACACAUCUGUCAAUACGCCAACAGAUUACUUCUGGUUGACAGUUGAAGUGAAUGGCGUCAAUUGGCGUAUAUAUCAUAUACCUUUUCUACAAAAAAUCGAUUCCAAAUAUGAUACGUCACAUGAAUUGUUUUAUGAUUCAGGUUUAAAGCGUUCCUGUUCAGUUAUAAAUGGCAUGGUAAAUUCUUUCGAUGAUUACUUAAUAAACAUGGUGGAGUAUCAUAAUAAAAUCACUGUUGCUGAAAAUUGUUACAUACUCUUAGCGGCUGAUUGUUCACCAAUGCCAGAAAUAGCUAUAUUUCUGAUACCAUCAGAAGACGCAGACUUGAGCGCAAACUAUGGCUUAAGAGUGCAUAUUGGUAACAAUUAUUUCACAUUCAAAUCAAGCAAUGGUUCUAUAUUGGAAAAUGAGCCAGUCUACAUAACACUAAAUGAUGAAGAUACAUCGAUUGAUAUUCGAAAACAGCCUUAUGAAUAUCCCACAAACUCAGAUUUUUAUGAAUUUCGUGUCGAAGUUAAUGAACAAAAUAUACUAAUUGUCGAAAAUAAGCAAAUGCGCUCCACCAUACAAUUUGAUAUGCUGAAUAUAAUAAACUUCGAAAUUUUUGGGGUUUAUAAGAACAAGAUGUGUGGAUUAUGCAGCAAACCACUAAAUGUUAUGCAGAAUUAUACACUUUGUAUGUAAUGGACUUCAGCAGCUUGUAUCUUAUUAAUAUAUAUAUGAAAAAAGAAUAAUUAAAAUUAGUCAAGGAAAUGUUUACCAAAUUUAUGUUGUUUUCUUUUACUUGAAAAAUUUUUAUUAA